CUUUUUUUGGCCUUUGUUUCUCAUUUUUUUCGGUUCCUUUUUGGUGAACAAUACCCCCUUUUCUUCUUCAACUUGGGGACUCGACGUCACCAACACCGGAUCGGGCAGGCCCUGAUUUUCUUCUCAUUUGAUCCGGCAACAUGAGGUACACUAUCCACUUCGUCUUCUUUUUCCUGUUGGGGCUGGCCACCGGUUUGGCCCUCCCGAGGCGCCAGUCCGAGGAGCCAUUUGCCGUUCUAACCCACGCCAGAAACACUGCCUGCCACACCAUCCUGUCAUCCUGCCGAGUAGAAUCCGACUGCUGCGCGGGCCUGAAAUGCGGACUCUUUGACGACGAGGCGCUGUGCGUUCCUAUCGGUUAAAGCUAAAGAGAAUCACGGUGGAAACUGGAGUGCAGGUGGAGAGCAGGGGACUCGAUUCGGUUGUGUUGAGGACUGGCUCCUUCUGGGUACCUAUUGAUUGUUUAUACCUAUGUAACGCAUCUUCUGAAGCCUUGAGGGCUGAGCCGGCCAACUACCCUUCAUGAUGUCAAGAUCAAGGACAACAUUACAACGGCACCUGCUUGAAGAUACGAAGCACUAACCCUAACUGAAUGGGAUCGCAAAUCCACC